AUAGAAGGAGAAGGGAUGCUUGUGGGGAGGGGUGGGGAGCACAGAGACCCGCAGUUUGAGCUAGUCGAGGGGAGGGGGGCAGGGCUGGGGAACGUCUGCAGUCUGCGGUGGGCGAGAUGGGCGGGGACUUCCGGCAUCAGUGCGUCUGCGCUGGAAGAGCCCCCUAGAACCUCGCCGUUUCUUGGGAGCCAGAAGCCUGCAGGACGACUGGGAGUAGGAGAGGGUCAGUCUGCAGCAGAAGGUCGAUUGUGGCGUUCGUGUAGAAAUUUUCUCCAGCGGUGGACUGGUCUCGCCAUCUCCGGUGCCGCAGACCUGCAAACCACCGCCCCUCCCAUCCCGUGUACUGCGGACCUGCAUUCCGCGUCCCUCCUCCCCCCUCCUCUCGUGAAGCAGACUGCGCCCCGCCGUCUCAGUGCAGCAGAUCUGCAUCCCGCCGUUCCCCAGUUGAAGCGGACCUGCAGCCGCCCUCCCAGUUCCAGCGGACCUGCAUCCCGCCUUGCCGGUCGGAGCUCGGCAAUCCUCUACCUAGCGCAAGUAAAGCAGGUAUCUGCAGGGGGCCCUUUGGAAGGAGGAGGGAUGGCCGGGGUCCCGAAGCCGUCGCAGGCAGACGAGGAGAUCGAGUCCGGGUUGGUGCAGGAUUUUGAGGCCGCUCUGUCCGGGAUCGGCCAGGAGCAGGGAGCGGGGGCCUUGAACAUGAGUGAUGUCCUUGAAUUGCCCAUGUUUAAAGAAGAAGAGUCAGGGCUGCCACCUGAUGAUGCAAAUAAAAUGCCCUUCCAUUAUGUGCUUUGUGCUGCUACCUCUCCCGCAGUCAAGCUCCACGAUGAAACGCUCACCUAUCUCAAGCAAGGGCAGUCUUAUGAGAUCCGAAUGCUGGACAAUAGGAAAGGGGGGGAACCCGCAGAGAUCAGUGGCGGGCUCGUGAAGAGUAUGUUUCGGUUGCUGUUCCAUGAUAGGGGACUGCAGUACUCUGAGCAGCAGCAGCAGCUUGAGAGCUGGAGAUGGAACAGGCCAGGGGACAGAAUCCUUGAUAUAGACCUGGCAAUGUCCGUGGGUAUAACCGACCCUUGGGCAAAUCCAACUCAGCUGAAUACUGUGGAAUUCCUGUGGGACCCUGCUGCAAAGAGCACAUCCGUGUUUAUUCAGGUGCACUGCACCAGUACCGAAUUCGAUGUGAAACAACCUGGGGGAGAAAAGGAAGUAGCAUUCCGACUUCAAAUUGACACUUUCAAGGAGAAUGAGAAUGGAGAAUACACUGAAUACUUGCAUUCAGGCAGCUGUCAGAUCAAGGUUUUCAAAUCUGAUGAAGCAGACGAGAAGCAAAAAAUAGACAGGGAGAAAAUGGAGAAGAAAAGCCCUAGUGAAAAGGAAGAGUACCAACCUUCCCGUGAGAAAACUCUAUUCACAGAAUGUGCUCCAUGGGUUGAGAUGCCAUAUGCCAACAAUUCCCAAUCACCUGGCUUUAACAGUUCCCAUAGCAGUUUUUCCACCGGAGAAGAGAAUGGUUCACCAAACCACCAGCCAAUACUAGCUCUUCCAGUUACAGAUAAACUUCUGCCAACCACUACUCCCCAGGAAAUUCAACAGUGGCUACAGCGCAACCGAUUCUCUGCCUUCUCUGAGAUUUUCUCAAAUUUCUCUGGUGCAGAUCUGUUGAAGUUAACCAGGCAUGAUUUUAUCCAAAUCUGUGGCCCUGCUGAUGGAAUCCGAUUCUUCAAUACCAUAAAAGAGCGAUUGGUGAGGCCCACGAUGACAAUUUACCUUUGUCACGAAUCCCUGCAGUUGAGUGAGCAACAGCAGCAGAAGUACGAGACUGUAGACUCAAAUGCUGUUUUGUUUGUGUACCGUGCCAUCUAUCUGGACGAGCUGACAACUGUUGAGCUGACAGAGAAAAUCGCCCAGCUUCUCGGGAUUUCUCCUUCUCAGAUCACUCAGAUGUACAAAUUGGGGCCAAAAGGAAUCCAUGUGCUCAUCAGUAAUCAGAUGAUCCGCAACUUUGAAGAGGAAGCUUGUUUUCUUCUCAACAAAACAAAAGCUGAAACCAAUGACAACUACUACAUCGUCCUGGAAUAGAAGGGGACCAUCCUGUGCUGGGUAGCUGCUGCUUCCUUCUCCCCUUGGACAUUCCCCCUCUUGCAGAGGGAUAUGGACAGAGAGUUGGAGGUCUGCAGGAGCCUGACUGAUGGAGAGUGGGAGGUGGAGUGAUGCUAUUCUGUGGAGAUGUAUGCCCAGCCGUCCAUUCCUUGUCCCAACCCUUUUGCCACAUCCAAACCCCUGUCCUGCAUGCUGUUCUGCAGCUGUCUUCUAGUUACAAGUUCUGGACUGUGUUGUUGUUGUUAAAUAUUGAUAAAAACUUGUCAUAUAAUUUAGCUUUUUUGUUGGUCAUAAUGAUGAUAGGAAUUGUGUGAUGUCUAAUUGAAAAUGUUGAAUUGUGUGAUAAUUUGGAGCCAUGUAAUUUUUUUUCCUAAUAUAUAAACAAAAAUGAAUCUUUAUAUUCUUUAGCCUAUCCACCAACCAACUCCUCCAUGACAUACCUGCUGUCUCUGCUUUCACUGCACUGUAUUUGUUCCUGGAAAGCAGAAUGGUGGGGAAAAUUUUUUGUUUUUUCCCCAAUUCACUCUAUUUUCUGCUAUUAACCCUCUUGAUACCCCAUAGUGAUCCUGCAGUGCUGUGAUUCCUCACAUGUUAUUUGGAAGAUCAAGGAAACAGCUGCCAGAGUGACCCACUAGUAGGGUCAGAGAUAUGAAAAACAAAAUAUAAGUAUUUUCUCUCUGUCUCUUUUUGCAGGGGAAGGGGGUUGCAAGAAGGGCACUAUUACACAAUAAAAGUUGGCAGGAUUUGAGCACUUACUGUUCUUCCUAAAAUUAAUUUUUCCCAGUGAGGUUUUUCAGGAUAUUAGUUUAAUGUAUAAGACUUUUUGUCUCUAUCUUGUGGCCUCUUUCCUAGCAUUAGAAGCCCCUUUUGUUUAUGUAGUGUUCUUGACUAAGUAGUUCUUAAGGGUAUCUUUCCCAUGUGAGUAGAAGGAGCCCCACACUAGGAGUCAAGACCAGGGUUCUAAUCCUUAGCUCUGCAGUAAUUCACUCUGUGGUCCUGGAAAACUUGCUCCUUUUGGGCUUCUCUUUCCUUAUCUUUAGUAAACAAUGUGAAUAAGGUGAGCUCCAAAGUCCCUUUUAGCUAUAAAAUCUAGAAUAAUGUGAUCCUGUUUGUAUUCAUACCUUUUUCUUGUAUUUUUGUUCUUCUUAAAAUGAUUGUGUAACUAUGGGUAUUCCUUUCUUGCUGCACAUGUAGAUUGCUAAAAAUUACCUUUACAGAUUAAAUUAGGGCUGAAGAAGAUAUUGCUAAAAGAUUCUGUAUGGGUUUGGAUUUUGAUUGUUUAAGCACUUGAUAAAACUUAAUUGUUUUGUAUAUAAGGGAAAUUUUUGACCAUUAAAAUUAUCCUGCCAUGUAAUCUAAUUACUUUUGGUUUAAAGCAAAUUGAAAAUCUUUAAGUUACAAUAUUAAUAAGGGUUUCAUGAUUAAAAAUAAUUUUUAAAAGAGAUUAGAAGGAGAGCUGGAGGAGAGCUUCCAGAAGGGAUACAGAUAUCCAGGAGAAAACAAUUUUUGUAAUGGCAAGGAACUGGAAACUGAGUGGAUCAUUUGGGGAGUGACUAAAUAAGUGAUGGUAUAUGGAUGUUAUAGAAUAUUAUUGUUCUAUAAGAACUGAUCAGGAUGAUUUCAGAGAGGCCUGGGGAGAGUUACAUGAAUUGAUGUUAAGUAAAGGGAGCAGAAUCAGGGGAUCAUUUUACACAGGAACAGCAAGAUUACAGGAUGAUUAACUGUGAUGGACUUGGCUCUUUUCAACAGUGAAGUGAUUCGACGCAAUUCCAAUAGACUUGUGAUGGAAAGAGACAUCUGCAUCCCCAGAGAGGAAUAUGGAGACUGAAUGUGGAACACAGCAUAAUACUUUGACCAUUUGUUAUUGUUGUUGUUGUUAUUGUUUGUUGACUAGGCUUUUUUCUUUCUCAUUUUUUCUUCAAUUUGAUCUGAUAUUUCUUGUGCAGCAUGUUGAAUGUGGAAAUACAUUUAGAAGAAUUGCACAUGUUUAACUUAUAUUGGAUUACUUGCUGUCUAGGGGAAGGGGGAGGGGGAAGGGAGAAAAAUUGUAACACAAGGUAUUGUAAGGAGAAGUAUUGAAAACUAUUGUUGCAUAUAAUGUGAAAAAUAAAAAGCUAGUGUUAUCAAAAGAAAA